AUGGCGUACAAGCGGUCCCGCGCCGCAUAUGAAGACGAUCUCCCCGGAUCCCCCUUCGUCUUCUACGGCACCCCGUUACCCCCGGGCGAUCGUGAUGCGCGAGACGAUGGCUCGUACGUGCCGCUGUGGAAGCAGGAGGUCAGAGACGAGAGGGGGCGGAAGCGUCUGCAUGGUGCUUUCACCGGUGGAUUCAGUGCUGGAUACUUCAAUACGGUAGGGUCCAAGGAAGGAUGGACGCCCUCGACCUUUGUCUCGUCUCGCAAGAACCGGGCCAAGGACAGCAAGGACCAGCAGCAGAGGCCAGAAGAUUUCAUGGACGAGGAGGAUCUACGAGAGGCAGAGGAAGCAAGGGAGUUGCAGACGUCCACCAAGUUCGACGGUAUCGUGUCAACGGCUACAGAUGCCAUCAGAGACACAGGGCUGGUCGACCUGUUCAGCUCGUCGGGGGAUACGGUUGGAGUUCGACUGCUGAAAAGGAUGGGAUGGAAGGAAGGCCAGGGGAUAGGACCCAAGGUGCGAAGACGGGCAAACCUCGACGACGACCAUCAAGAUGAAGACGAUGGCCAGACAUACCUCUUUGCGCCAGAGAAUACUCCGUUGAUAGCGUUUGUGGAUAAAUAUGACCGCAAGGGCAUCGGUUUCGAAGGAGAGCAGCGCCUGGAUAAGACUAUCAUCUCGCGCAGUAGUGACAACACAGCUGGUACCAUACCCACUGCGAAGUCAUCCACAGUUGAGAAAAAGACGCAAAAGACCAAGCCACGGCGGCUAGGAGGAUUUGGCGUCGGAGUGCUGAACGACACUGGAUCCGAUGACGAGGACCCGUACGAGAUCGGGCCUAAUAUCUCAUACAACAGAACCAUCGAGAGCUCCAAGAAGAACUCCAAGGCCAAAAGAAGCGCAGAGAUUUCACGGCCAGCUAUCAGAUCAUCAAACCCGCUGCUAGAUACCAAACCCGUCUUUAUUUCGAAAAGGGCCGCGGCCGGUGGCGGUGGUGUCGCAAGGGACAAAGACAGGUCUGGCUUCAGAAAGUGCCAUGACGGACGGCUGCCGCUGGACGGCUUCAUCCUCAGCGUACAGAUCGAUCUCACCCCGCGGAACAAACGAUAUGAUCCUCCCAAGGUGCCCGAAGGCUGGGUGCCUGCAAAGACAGCAACAACUACGGCUAAUACUACUACUACUUCUGCACCGCCAGCCCAGCAGGUUUCGCUGGCCGAAGCUGCCAGGGCGUCCACCCUCGACCCCAAGGCCCGGGCAGCACUAUUAGGAGAGGCACAGCUGCCAGGCAAGUCUGUGUUCGACUACAUGACUCCCGAGGCCCGCGAGAAGAUUGCUCUAGCAACUGGACGAACCGAUUUACCGCCCGCGUUGGGUGAGAAGGCGCCUCAGGGGUUCGAGGCGUCAGAUAGCCAGAAACGAAGAGAUAUAUGGAACCUCAUUCCCACUCUAGACAAAGACGCCGCCAUACAGGCUCUGAGCCGGGGCGCAAGCGGCUGGAUGCCUUAUGCCGAAGACGAGAGCAAACGGAACCGCUACAGGUCCUUCCUCGAGGUUCGAGCUGGUAUCGUAACCGACCGCCUGCCAGACCGUCUCCCAGGCUCCUCGACAGACGAAUGGAUCACAGAGCUGCGCGAAUUCGCGCGUGCUGCAGAGGUCUUCAAGCCGAUAUCCGGUCUCAUGGCCUCCCGCUUCACUUCGUCGACUUCUACAUCCACGCAGCCCGGUAUGGAAUCCGGCAGCAGCGGCAGCGGCAGCACACCUUUACUUACCAGACGAGAGGCCAAACCGGAAGACCCAACUGAAUCAGCUGCGAAGCUAGGGAUGUACGGUCCAAUGACCCGUCUUCUGCGACCGUUUGCGCCCGCCAGACUGCUCUGCAAGCGUUUCAACGUCCGCGUCCCUAGCGGCACCAAACAUGACGGCGGAAUAGCCGGUCUAUCCGACUUUGCAGGCCUCGAGGCCCAUGCUGAGCCGCCGCCGCCGCUCGUGUCAAAGGAAACCAUGCAUCAGCUGAUGAUGGAGUCUGGCCGGAAAAUAAUUCCAUCUCCUGCAUCUGGCGCUGGUUCUGGCUCUGGUUCUGGCCCUGGCCCGGCUAUGCCGGCGGAGCAGCCACCCGCGCAACCGGCAGCAGUUGACCCUGAACGCAACGAAGCCCUCGAAGGCGAGCGACCGGGCGAGGCGGUAUUCAAAGCGAUCUUUGGUAGCGAUGACGAGGACGAAGACGAGUAA